UUAACGAAAGAGGAGGCCGAAGUCAAGGCUUCGAGUGGAUUCCGUGAUGGAUUCAAGCAUGUGAUGGUCGUUAUCUCAGCUGACGCGUGGACGGGCACAGCGGUCAUCGGCAGCUCUCUACUUGCACAAGUUCAGAAGAAGUAUAACAUGGUCUUCGCAAUCGGACUUGGCUCUAAAUCGGUCCAAAACCAAGCCUCUGCUCUUCAACAACUUUCGGGAACUCCAAGCAACGUUUUCUAUUCGUUCAAUACCAAUCAGUUGCAGUUUGUUUCACAAUGGCUCUACCAGAAUGGCUGCCCUAAUAUCGGUAUGCCUACUACUACGAUGACACCCCCUCAACCACUGCCAACCCAGGACGUCUCGGUCCCGUGUCGCUUGGCUGCUCUCAAUUACGACGUUUACCUGGUCGUCGAUACGUCAUCGGCCAUUAGCGCUAGCGAUUUUGCCCAGAUGAAACAAAUGCUUCUCGACUUUGUGAGUCCAUUUGCGAUCGGAGACGGACAGACUCAGUUUGCGCUGGUGGCCACAGCUAUCGAUUCUGAACUCUAUGCAACAGCAUUCCACUCAGGCCAGGACAGACAAACGCUUCUCAAUACCAUCAAGACUCUCUCCCAGGACGGAUCAACGGGACAGACGCUCAAGCUGUAUGUUCUUUUCUUCAUUAAUUAUCCUACUGCUAACAAGGUUGUUGUUUACGUGACAGGAACAACCAGCUGGGACGCCGAUCCAAUUCAGUUCAUGAAGCAACUAGCGCAGACAUACAAAGCCAAGCCUGUCGCUGUACAGUGGACGUCGGGAGCGAGUCAGAGCUCGUUGGCGUCGUUUACAGGCGGUUCCGCUUGUGUUAACUCGGUUUCGAAUCGCGCCGCAUCCGCCACUUGGCUCCAGAGCAAGAUGUGCAAGUGA